GGACCUCGCGUGAUUCUCGGAACCCAAGCAGGAGCGGCGUCUGUGGCUAUGGCUGUGACUCUGGACAAAGACGCUUAUUACCGACGAGUGAAGAGACUGUACAGCAAUUGGCGGAAAGGAGAAGAUGAAUAUGCCAACGUUGAUGCCAUUGUUGUAUCAGUGGGUGUUGAUGAAGAAAUUGUUUAUGCCAAAUCAACUGCCUUACAGACGUGGCUCUUUGGUUAUGAACUGACUGAUACUAUCAUGGUCUUCUGUGAUGACAAAAUUAUCUUUAUGGCCAGCAAGAAGAAAGUGGAGUUUUUAAAACAGAUUGCUAACACUAAGGGCAAUGAGAAUGCAAAUGGAGCCCCUGCCAUCACACUGCUGAUACGGGAAAAGAAUGAAAGCAAUAAGAGCAGCUUUGACAAAAUGAUUGAAGCCAUUAAAGAAAGCAAGAACGGCAAGAAGAUUGGAGUGUUCAGCAAAGACAAGUUCCCUGGAGAGUUCAUGAAGAACUGGAACGACUGCCUCAACAAAGAGGGCUUUGACAAAAUAGAUAUCAGUGCGGUUGUGGCUUAUACCAUUGCUGUAAAGGAGGAUGGGGAGCUCAACCUAAUGAAGAAAGCAGCUAGCAUCACCUCUGAGGUCUUCAACAAAUUCUUCAAGGAAAGAGUCAUGGAAAUAGUUGAUGCAGAUGAGAAAGUUCGACACAGCAAACUGGCUGAGUCUGUGGAAAAGGCCAUUGAAGAGAAAAAAUACCUUGCUGGGGCAGACCCUUCUACUGUGGAGAUGUGUUACCCUCCUAUCAUUCAGAGUGGUGGCAACUAUAAUCUCAAGUUCAGUGUGGUGAGUGACAAGAAUCACAUGCAUUUUGGGGCCAUCACUUGUGCCAUGGGUAUUCGCUUCAAAUCUUACUGCUCCAACCUUGUUCGCACUUUGAUGGUUGACCCUUCUCAGGAAGUUCAAGAAAAUUACAACUUUUUGCUCCAGCUUCAAGAGGAACUGCUAAAGGAAUUAAGACAUGGUGUGAAGAUAUGUGACGUGUAUAAUGCUGUCAUGGAUGUGGUUAAAAAGCAGAAGCCAGAGUUGCUGAACAAAAUUACCAAAAAUCUAGGGUUUGGAAUGGGAAUUGAAUUCCGUGAAGGCUCUUUAGUAAUUAAUAGUAAAAAUCAGUACAAACUAAAGAAAGGGAUGGUUUUCAGCAUCAAUUUGGGAUUCUCAGACCUUACUAACAAGGAAGGGAAGAAACCAGAAGAGAAAACCUAUGCUCUGUUCAUUGGUGACACAGUGCUUGUGGAUGAGGAUGGCCCAGCUACUGUCCUCACUUCCGUGAAGAAAAAAGUGAAGAAUGUGGGGAUUUUUCUAAAGAAUGAGGAUGAAGAGGAGGAGGAGGAGGAGAAAGAUGAGGCCGAGGACCUGUUGGGAAGAGGUUCUCGGGCAGCACUGCUUACUGAAAGAACACGAAACGAGAUGACCGCAGAAGAGAAGCGGAGAGCGCAUCAAAAGGAACUGGCAGCUCAACUCAACGAAGAAGCAAAGAGGCGACUGACUGAACAGAAAGGAGAGCAACAGAUUCAAAAAGCUCGCAAAUCUAACGUGUCCUAUAAAAACCCAUCUUUGAUGCCUAAGGAACCACAUAUUCGGGAAAUGAAGAUCUAUAUCGACAAGAAGUACGAGACCGUGAUAAUGCCUGUGUUCGGUAUCGCGACACCUUUUCACAUUGCCACAAUCAAGAAUAUAAGCAUGUCCGUGGAAGGAGAUUAUACUUACUUGCGAAUCAACUUCUAUUGCCCAGGCAGUGCUCUUGGCAGGAAUGAGGGCAACAUCUUUCCUAACCCAGAAGCCACUUUUGUCAAGGAAAUCACAUACCGAGCUUCAAAUAUGAAGGCACCUGGAGAACAGACUGUACCAGCCUUGAACCUCCAGAAUGCUUUCCGAAUUAUAAAAGAAGUACAGAAGCGUUACAAGACCCGGGAAGCAGAAGAGAAGGAGAAGGAGGGCAUUGUGAAACAAGACUCCCUAGUGAUCAAUCUAAACCGGAGCAAUCCCAAACUGAAAGAUCUAUACAUUCGCCCAAACAUUGCCCAGAAGAGGAUGCAGGGUUCCCUGGAGGCCCACGUCAAUGGUUUCCGCUUCACAUCUGUUCGAGGAGACAAAGUGGAUAUUCUGUAUAAUAACAUCAAGCAUGCUUUGUUUCAGCCAUGUGAUGGAGAAAUGAUUAUUGUCUUGCACUUUCACCUCAAGAAUGCCAUCAUGUUCGGGAAGAAGCGGCACACGGAUGUGCAAUUCUACACAGAAGUGGGAGAGAUCACCACGGACUUGGGGAAACAUCAGCAUAUGCACGACCGAGAUGACCUCUAUGCUGAGCAGAUGGAACGAGAAAUGAGGCAUAAACUGAAAACAGCGUUUAAAAAUUUCAUUGAGAAAGUAGAGGCUCUGACUAAGGAGGAACUGGAAUUCGAAGUGCCUUUUAGGGACUUGGGAUUUAAUGGAGCUCCUUACAGGAGUACCUGCCUCCUUCAGCCCACUAGUAGUGCGCUUGUAAACGCUACAGAGUGGCCACCUUUUGUGGUGACCUUGGAUGAAGUGGAGCUGAUUCACUUCGAGCGGGUUCAGUUUCACCUGAAGAACUUUGAUAUGGUGAUAGUCUACAAGGACUACAGCAAGAAAGUGACGAUGAUCAACGCCAUUCCGGUAGCCUCCCUAGACCCCAUCAAGGAGUGGCUGAAUUCCUGUGACCUAAAGUACACAGAAGGAGUACAGUCCCUCAACUGGACUAAAAUCAUGAAGACCAUUGUUGAUGACCCUGAGGGCUUCUUCGAACAAGGUGGCUGGUCUUUCCUAGAACCUGAGGGUGAGGGGAGUGAUGCUGAGGAAGGGGAUUCAGAGUCUGAAAUCGAAGAUGAGACUUUCAAUCCUUCAGAAGACGACUAUGAAGAGGAGGAGGAGGAUAGUGAUGAAGAUUAUUCAUCAGAAGCUGAAGAAUCAGACUAUUCCAAGGAAUCAUUGGGCAGUGAAGAAGAGAGUGGAAAGGAUUGGGAUGAACUGGAGGAAGAAGCCCGAAAAGCGGACCGUGAAAGUCGUUACGAGGAAGAAGAAGAACAGAGUCGAAGUAUGAGCCGGAAGAGGAAGGCAUCUGUGCACAGCUCAGGCCGUGGCUCUAACCGUGGUUCCAGACACAGCUCUGCACCCCCCAAGAAAAAGAGGAAGUAA